CCGGGCGGGCCCCACUGGCCCCGCCUCCUCACUUCGUGUCUAUAAAAACACCGGCUCCACCAGCCAACCGCAGCCUGACUUCAGCGCUCCCACUUUUGGCCGGCUUCUCAGCCCAUCGGCCGUUCGCGCCGCCAUGGAUCUCGCCGCCAUCUACGAGAGCCUCCUGUCGCUGAGCCCUGACCUGCCAUCUGACCACGGAGAGACUGAGUCCAGCCCAGGCUGGGCCUCCUCCGGGCUCUGGAGCCUCAGCUCGCCCGACAACAGUCCGGCUGGGGUCGGUGCCCGUCUGCCUGGCCGCUCCACCAGCCUGGUGGAGGGUCGAAGCUGUGGCUGGGUCCCGCCACCCCCAGGCUUCGCACCCCUGGCGCCCCGCCCAGGCCCUGAACUGUCACCCUCACCCACCUCACCUACUGCGACCCCCACCACCUCAUCCCGCUACAAGACUGAGCUAUGUCGGACCUUCUCAGAGAGCGGGCGCUGCCGCUAUGGGGCUAAGUGCCAGUUUGCCCACGGUCUGGGCGAGCUGCGCCAGGCCAGUCGCCACCCCAAGUACAAGACAGAACUCUGCCACAAGUUCUACCUCCAGGGCCGCUGCCCCUACGGCUCACGCUGCCACUUCAUCCACAACCCCAGCGAGGAUCUGGCUGUCCCAGGCCACCCCCAUGUGCUUCGCCAGAGCAUCAGCUUCUCAGGCCUGCCCUCCGGCCGCAGACCAUCACCACCACCAGCAGGCCUGGCAGGCCCUUCCCUGUCCUCAUGCUCCUUCUCUCCCUCCAGCUCCCCACCACCACCACCUGGGGACCUUCCGCUUUCACCCUCUGCUUUCUCUGCUGCCCCUGGGACCCCUGUGGCCCGAAGGGACCCCACCCCAGCCUGUUGCCCCUCCUGCCGAAGGGCUACGCCGGGUAGCGUCUGGGGACCCUUGGGUGGCCUGGCUCGGAGCCCCUCUGCACACUCCCUGGGAUCUGAUCCUGACGAAUAUGCCAGCAGUGGCAGCAGCCUGGGGGGAUCCGACUCACCCGUCUUCGAGGCUGGGGUUUUUGGGCCACCUCAGCCACCUGCAGCCCCCCGGCGCCUCCCCAUCUUCAAUCGAAUCUCUGUUUCUGAGUGAGAAGUGCCUGCCCGGUACAGAUCAGCUGGAUCUCAAGGGGGCCAUUUCUGUUUUGCUGUGGGCUCCACAGGGGCCCUGGGGCUGUGGGGAACUGGGGGACUCAGUCAAGUAGCCUCCCCCCCCCCAACUUCCAAAGUGCAUUAACCCACUCCCCUGACCCCACGCUGGGGCAGGUCCCCAGUGUGCAAGCUCGGUGUUCAUGGUGUUGGGGGCAGGAGUGUUUUCUGGGUCCUGUAAAAAAAAAAAAAAAAUGUAGCAGAUUUGAGGAAGGCAGUGAGCCCUCUACCCGCCCCUCUUUCCCAAUGCUGUGAAUAAUAGGCUCCUACUGCCCCCCCCUCCCCAUUUCUCCUAGACCCUGAGGUUCCAUUGUCUGGUGGUGACUGGAGCCUCCCCCUGAGGGGGAAUCCUGGUGCUCAAAAUUUCCCUCCAAAAGCAAGUAGCCAAAGCCAUUGCCAAACACCCACCCUGCCCCAUCCCCCCAGCCAUUGGGCCCUUUAUUUAUGACGACUUUAUUUAUUCUAAUAGAUUUUAUAGUAUUUAUAUAUAUUGGGUCGUCUGCUUCCCUUGUGUUUUUCUUCUUCAUUUUUGUAAUAUUGGAAAAGAUGGGAUAAUUAUUGUUAUAAGUAUACUAUAAUAAUAAUAUAUUAAGUAAUAUAUAUUGUUAAAAGUUUAUUUUUGUGUUUUUUGGAAUUUUUAAAUAAAAGGAAUCUGUGUGUAAACUUGAA